UUAAUAAUAUUUAUGAUAAUUUAUCUUAAUUUUUGAGUUUUUCUAAAUGUUUUUAGUAGAUCGGCUAGUGUCUGGUCUGAAAAUUGGAUUUAGCAUGUUCUUUUAAAAUAAUGAAUACUAUAAUAGUCUUUUACAAAAUGCUGAGUUUAAGAAAAUUUAAAUCACAAACAUAUAAUAUUAUACUGUAAAACAAACAUACAAAUCAAUUAAUAUUAAAUUAAUCAAUUAAAAAAUUAAUAUCGUUUAAAUUAAUUUUUGAAGAUCAUGAAUGUUUUUAAUUGAAUGUAGAAAAAAUUGUAGCAAACAUGGAUGGCUCAAAUAUUAAAAUGUACAAUAAAUAUGAAACUCUUGGUGAAAUUUAUUUUUAUUCAAAUUCCAAUAAAAAUUAUAAAGUAAAAUUACUUUGCAGCCGUCUUUUAGCAAAUCACAGUUUUAAAAAUUAUAACUUGGAUAAUUCCUGUACUGAACGUUCAUCAGAUGAUUCAAGUAUAAUAGAUGAAAAAACUGAUUCAAAUGUUAUUAAUUCAUCAAUGUUUAUUGAUCAUGAUGAAUUUAGAAGUAAAAUAAGUUUAAAUAAUCAAAAUAAUUCAUCAUCUAUUGAUGAAUUUAUAGAUCAAGAAAAUACUUAUGAAGUUUUACAAAAGGAAGAUAAUAUUCAAGAUAAAGAAUGGUAUAAUUAUUGGGAAAAAAAUGGUGAAAAGUUUAUAAAUGAAACUUGGGUAAAACAAUAUGGUAGCUGUACAUUAAAUGAUUCAGAUAUUAAUAUUGAUGAACUUUAUCAAAAUCAUAUUAAAAUCCAAUAUACUGCAUUGUAUUGGAAAUUUGUAGAAGAAAAAAGUUUGAAGCAUUUUCAGAUAGAAAAAUCUGUCGAAUACAAUAAAGAUUUAAAUAAAGCGGUUCAGUCGACUUCUUUUUGUAGCCAAAUCAAUGUAGAAGAAAAUUUCAAUGACUCUAAAUUUGAAUUUAUUUAUAAGUAUAAACAUUUUCCCAACUGUAAUUUUCAACUGGUGAGAGUUUACCAAGCACUGAGUAAAAUGGGAUACACAUAUUGUGAUCAAACUAAUUUUGAUUUUGGCCACGUGGAAUACCAUAAAAAACAUUUGAUAAAAUCUACUAGUCAUUUAAACAUAUACAGAAUUCCAGAAAAAUUCAGUCUUAAAAAUGAAAAUACAGAAAUUGAUAUGAAUUCAAAAAGAAAAUUAAAAAAAAAAGAAAAAAGAUCAAAAUUUUUUAAUAAUUCUACCAAAAUUAAAUUAGAAAAAUUUGGUUUCAGUGAUUUAGAAAUUGAUUCAGUACUAAUGAAAUAUUGGAAAAAACGUUUUAUUUUAUUCUCAAAGUUUGAAGAAGGUGUGAAGUUAGACCAAGAAAGUUGGUACUCUGUUACUCCAGAAGUAAUUAGUAAGCAUAUAGCAGAACGUUGUAGUUGUUAUCUUCUUAUUGAUCCAUUUUGCGGAGCUGGAGGAAAUAUUAUUCAGUUUGCAAUGACAUGUGAAUUAGUUAUAGCGAUUGACAAAGAUCCUAAAAAAAUUGAAAUGGCUCGUAGUAAUGCAGAAUUAUAUGGAGUUGCUGAUAGAAUUGAAUUCAUUGUUGGUGAUUUUUUCAGUGUAGCUGAAUCUUUAAAAGCAGAUGUUGUAUUUUUAUCCCCACCAUGGGGCGGUCCGGAGAAAAUGAAUCUUGAGGAAUAUAAGUUGUCCAAUAUAAUGCCAGAGAAUGGAGGAGUAAAAAAAUUAUUAUCUGUUGCCAGAAAUAUCACUACUGAGAUUGCCCUUCAUUUACCAAAAAACACAAACAUUUUUGAUGUAAGAAUCAUUUUUAUUUAUUUAGAUAUUUUAAAGAAGUCCAAGAAUGAAAAUAUUGAAAUGGAGAAAGCAAUGAAUUAAAUGUUUAAGUUCAACUAUUGAUGGCUGGAUUGAGGUUCAACAAAAUGUUCUGAAUUCACGAUACAACUCUAUUACUGUUUAUUAUGGUGAAUUAUAUGGAUUGUGUCAUGAAACAACAGGAAAUUACUCAUAUGAUAUUUUUGAUGGAUAGAAUUUGUAAUUUAAUUAAAAUUAUUCUAACCAAAUAUAUGUGUAAUUUUAUUGA